GGCGCAGUGCGCAGGCGCGGGGCGGCGCCGUCAUGGCGGACGAGGCGGCCGUGCGGGAGCAGGCGGACGCGGUGCGGCGGCUCAAGCAGGAGAAGGCCGAGCCUGACGAGAUCGCCAAGGAGGUAGCCAAGCUGCUGGAGAUGAAGGCGCAGCUGGGAGAUGAGGGGAAGGCCAAGUUCGUGCUCAAGACCCCGAAGGGCACACGGGACUACAGCCCCAAGCAAAUGGCCAUUCGGGAGAGAGUCUUCAGCACCAUCGUGACCUGCUUCAAGCGCCACGGCGCAGAGGUUAUCGACACACCAGUGUUUGAGCUGAAGGAAACAUUGACAGGGAAGUACGGAGAAGACUCCAAACUCAUCUAUGAUCUGAAAGAUCAGGGAGGAGAGCUGCUAUCCCUGCGCUACGACCUGACUGUGCCCUUCGCUCGCUACUUGGCGAUGAACAAGAUCUCCACCAUGAAGCGCUACCACAUCGCCAAGGUCUACAGGAGGGACAGCCCGGCCACGAGCCGUGGCCGCUACAGGGAGUUCUACCAGUGUGAUUUUGACAUCGCUGGCCAGUUUGAUCCUAUGAUUCCUGAUGCUGAGUGCCUGAAAAUAGUGCACGAGAUCCUCAGUGAGCUGCAGCUUGGAGACUUUCUUAUUAAGGUCAAUGACCGCCGCAUCCUGGAUGGGAUGUUUGCAGUUUGUGGUGUCCCAGACAGCAAGUUCCGGACGAUCUGCUCCAGCGUGGACAAACUGGAUAAGAUGCCGUGGGAGGACGUGAGGAGCGAGAUGGUGGGGGAGAAGGGGCUCUCUCCUGAGGCUGCGGAUCGCAUUGGGGAAUACGUGCGGCUCCAUGGUGGCCUGGACCUCAUCGAGCAGCUCCUGCAGGACCCAACGCUGUCUCAGAACAAGCUGGCCAAGGAGGGGCUGGGGGACAUGAAGCUGCUCUUCGAGUACCUGACGCUGUUUGGCAUCACGAGGCAGAUCUGCUUUGACCUGAGCCUGGCGCGCGGCCUGGACUAUUACACAGGGGUGAUCUUUGAGGCCGUGCUGGUGCAGCAGGAGAAUGAGCACGUGGAGGAGCCGGUCAGCGUUGGGAGCGUGGCUGGAGGUGGCCGCUAUGAUGGCUUGGUGGGGAUGUUUGAUCCCAAGGGACGGAAAGUGCCCUGUGUGGGAGUCAGCAUUGGGAUCGAGCGCAUCUUCUCCAUCAUGGAGCAGAAGGUGGAGGCCUCUGCAGAGAAGAUUCGGACAACAGAGACACAGGUGCUUGUGGCCUCUGCCCAGAAGAAGCUCCUAGAAGAGCGGCUGAAGCUCAUCUCCGAGCUGUGGGACGCCGGAAUCAAGGCAGAGAUGCUCUACAAGAAGAACCCCAAGCUCCUGAAUCAGUUGCAGUACUGCGAGGACACGGGUGUCCCCCUUGUUGCCAUCGUGGGAGAGCAGGAGCUCAAGGACGGAGUUGUGAAGCUGCGGGUCGUGGCCACGAGGGAGGAGGUUGAUGUUCGCAGGGAGAACCUCGCUGACGAGAUCAAGACGCGAACAAGCCAGUCGUGAAGCCCUUCUGGCCCCAUCUCCUCGUUCCUUGGUUCUCAGCUCACAGAUUUCCUCUGUCUCCUGGCCCCAGCACUGGGGCAGCUCGCGCAGGGCUGAGGAGCCUUGGGCAGCUCUGGGAAGUUGUAUUUAUUCCUGUCUCCUCCCUUCCCCAACUGGAGCAGAGAGGCUGCGUCGCCUUCUACUGAACACUGGCCCAGAGCGAUUUGCUCUGUGAGAGGCCCUGGCAAGGAGUCACCGCCCGUCUGUGACGGUUAAGGUGACACUUAGAGCCUGGUGCUUUGGGCCAACCCCCAGAUCUUGGCUGCAGCUUCUUGUUCCUUUCGUUUUGAAUAAACGUCCAGUCUUGGCUC